AUGGCUGAUAUACAGGCCCUCUUGGCUGCCCUCGAUGUCUUCUCUCGUGCACCCGACAAACCGUCCCUCGACAAGGCAAAUGCGUGGCUCCAGGACUUUCAGCACUCUCCUGAGGCAUGGUCCACUUGUAACAUCCUCUUGCGCUCUCCGGAUGCACCAGCUCCCGCAAAGCUGUUCGCCGCACAAACAUUCAGAUCCAAGGUCACGUACGAUCUCAACCAAAUAGACCUCGAAAAUCUCCCGCCUCUGCGCGAUACGCUUAUUGCUGCGUUGGAACAUUACCAGAACGGCCCGCGCACGAUCAUCGUACAGUUGUGUCUGGCUCUCUCGGGGCUUGCUCUCCAGCUUCCUUCCUGGACCAAUGCAAUCCCCAGUCUGAUCGAGUCUUUCGGCCGGAAUCCUUUGACCGUACCUCUCUUGCUGCAGUUCUUGACUGUGCUUCCCGAGGAACUCUGCACGAAUACCAAAAUUCCAGUGACGGAUCAAGAAUACAGGGAAAGGUCAGCAGUUCUGUUGACUACGAACGCUCAGCAAGUGCUCGAGUUGCUGUCGAUGUAUAUUCAAGCAUCUGGCGUCACUCUUGCUGUUCAGAAUCAAGUGUUCACUUGCCUUAAAAGCUGGCUCAUUGCUGGGGAGAUCACUGCGGCAGCCGUUGCAGAUACCCCCCUGUUCGACUUUUGCUUCGAAGCUUUAGCAUCGGAAGAACUGUUCGAUUCGGCUGUCGACGUCGUUUGCGACAUCAUCCACGAGACUCAAGAGAUUGACGAAAAUAUGCCAGUCAUCGAGCGCAUCGUGCCUCGAGUCAUUGCUUUGAGAGCAAAUCUCUUUGCUGCGAAAGAUGAUCCAGAGAAGACACGAGGAUAUGCUCGCAUCUUCACGGAGGCUGGAGAAGUCUAUCGGCUACUGCUUCUACAACACACAGAGACCUUUUUCCCUAUCGUCGAGGCUAUCGGAGAGUGCUCUGCUUACCCGGAUCUAGACAUUGUCCCUAUCACAUUCACAUUUUGGAUGCGGCUUGCACAGAGCAUCGGUAAAAAAUCGUCGGUUCCACCUCUGUUCCAGAGCGCCUACAAAUCAUUGAUGGCGGUGAUUAUCCGUCACCUACAUUUCCCCGCUGAUUCUUCUGUCACGACGGCCCAAGAUGUUGACAGCUUCCGAUCCUUCAGGCAUGUCAUGGGCGACACCCUCAAGGACUGCUGCUACGUUCUCGGGACCGAGCAAUGCCUAUUGGCCGCACUGGAUAUGAUCGCUGCUGCCUCAAGCCAUGGCGCAGUCGCUACGUGGCAAGAGAUUGAGGCACCGUUGUUCGCGAUGCGGUCUAUGGGUGCGGAAAUCGAAGUCACAGAUGAUGUAGCUGUGCCAAAAAUCAUGGAUCUUAUCCCUACGCUUCCCCAACAUCCUCGAGUUCGCUAUGCUGCGCUUCUCAUCAUCUCGAGAUACACAGAGUGGAUCAACGUCCAUCCUGACUAUAUUCCGGGCUCUUUGCAGUACAUCUCUGCAGGGUUUGAAGACUCUGAUUCUGAAGUUUGUGGCGCUGCCGGCCAGGCACUGAAAUACCUGUGCCAGGACUGUAAACAACAUCUGAUAUCAUUCCUGCCCCAAUUGCACAACUUCCUUGCUACCAUGGGCGUAAAGCUCGGGCAAGAGGACAAAGUUAUGGUUUAUGAAGCGAUUGCAUAUGUCAUCUCCGCAAUGCCUAUGGAACAAGCAGCCCAAUCUCUUCGUACCUUCGCGCUAGAUAUUCUAGGAGCGGUCCAUGCGAUCACCAUCAGACCUGCGAUUGCCACGAAGCAGGAUCUCAAGCAAGUUGGCGAUGGCCUGGCUAACUUGGAGGUCAUGAUACAUGUUGUUGGUGGGUUUGGCGAAGAGCUUCCCGCUGCUUGCUUGAACACCUGCGAGGAAGCAUGGGCCGUACUGGAUGCAUUUAUCUCGAAAUAUGGUUCAGACUAUGAGAGCGCCGAACAUGUCACUCGGGUGCUCCGGCACGGCCUCACUUUGUUCGGCUCUUCUGCUUUACCCGUCGCUUCCACGAUGCUAGCAAGGAUGUCUUCCGCCUUCGAGGCCACAGGUUUGCCAUGUUACUUAUGGAUAGCGGGUAAAAUAAUGGGCCGUUUUGGACACCAAGAAGACCCUGUGCUACGAAACGGGUUCAAAGAUGUGUAUGAACGAUCGACGCACAAGCUAGUAUCCCUCUUGCAAGAAAAAGGGCCAUCUGCAAUUCCUGACGUUCUCGAGGACUACCUACAAAUGCUGCUACAGAUGGCUGAUUUCGCACCUGAUCUCUUCUUUGAAUCUUCUGCAUUCCCAAUUGCCUUCCGAGUCGCGUUGGCGGCACUUACGCUCGUGCAAACCGAUAUUAUUUUUGCCUCGCUAGACCUCAUACGCGUUAUCCUUACUCAUGAUUGCCUCUCACCAACUGCUCCAACCCCGCCACCUCCCAAAUUCCCUGUUUAUGCAGCUGCCAUUCGCCAAGUCAUCGACAAAGAAGGCUUUGAGCUCGUCGGCCUCCUUUUGACUGGCACUGUUGGAGACUUCCCGGAAGAGUCAACCUCUGCGACCAUAACCAUCUUCCGUUCAUUAUCGGGGCUUUGGUCGACAGAGGUGCUUUCAUGGGUGCCACCCGUCCUGCAACGUCUGCCACCGAGCAGUGCGCCCGACGAAGCCAAGGCACGCUUCAUGACAGACCUCAAAGACACCAUCAACGCUCAUCAAUAUGACAAGGUGAAGUACGCGAUUUUGGGACUUCAUCGAACGUCCCGCAAAGCCCGGGAUAGAAGGCGAAUGGGGCCAUUGAGUUAAGAGAAGAGGAGGAGAAUAAAUAUUGUAUCCUUUCUGUCGAUGCUAUACCACCAACUGUGUAGUUCUACUUACUGUGCUAAGUAUUCGUACGGUC